AUGGAUCCGAAACGACCGUUCAACAUUACCGCCGGCUUGGAGUACAUUCGCAUCCACCCUCAAGGACCAGAAGUCACGAAUAAAAAUCCUUUCCUCGGCGUGACGGACAUGGAAUACUUGGCCGCGGGACUAGUACUAGAUGCACAGAGUCGGACUCUUCAGACCUUGACGCCUUAUAUCACGGCAAUCACUUUAGUGUUCCUGGGUGCGAUCCUAGCGCGGCGUGUCACGAGGAAAGAACGGCACCGCAUCCAAGACCUUGUCAUCUACGGCUUAUGUCUUCGACUCCUGUGGACAGACCAGGUCCUACCGGUCUUGCUUGCCUCGAACGCAGCGUUGGGUGUCUUGACGUGGAUCAUGCUGCCGACGCCUUCCAACAGCAAGGACUUACCAGCUCACGAGGCGUUCAUGCUUAAUAUCAUGACCACGCCGCCCGCUACACGACCGCAAGACGACACCGAGAUAGAAGCAGACCGCUGCAUCAUGUGCUGGGAAGACAAUUCCGACACUCUCCUCGCCUGCCUACCAUGCCAGCACUUCGCAUGCACGAUCUGUCUAGGUCUCCUCCACAAUCAGAACAACUCCACCUGUCCCCUCUGUUCUCUUCCACUCUGGCGCAAACACAACCAGACCCUGAAUCUCAAUCUCCAAAAGCUCCGCACAGCCAGCUACACCAUCACCAUCCUACAAUUCCUAGUCUCCGGUGUCUACAAUGUCCGGCAACAGGACUACUACAAGGCGAUGUGGCAUAUACCCGUCCUCCUCGCUUCGACGAUAAUACCAUUGGCGCACAUAAUCUUCACGGUCAAACGGGAUGGGGAGGACUGGUGGUGGGAGCCGAAACGCAAAGGUAUAAGCUGGGAAAGGGUGGUCCCAGCGGCCCUGAUGCUGGCAAAGUGGUAUGAGAUUUGGAAUUCAAACUUGGGUGAUAUUGGGGACGAGUUCACCGUUACUAUCACGCCCUCAUCGAAUCCAUCCGUCAGUGCUCCGGAGCUGGGAGGAUAG